UGGCUGUGUCUCGCGGAGCCUCGUGCUGGUUUGGUUGAUUUCUAGCUCGCGCUCUCGUUCUGUAACAGAAGCCCCCCCCCCUCCAACACACACACAUAGACUUACACUUGUGUCGGUGAAAUUCAUUUCCCUUGCUCUGUAUUUAUAUAUUUUUUCUUUCACAAACUUUCCCUUGUGUGUUUUAACUUUAAACGGAGUCGCAGUGGAUUACCGGAUACCGGUCCGGGCGGAGGGCAAAGGGGGGAAUGAACCGGGACAGCGGGUACGUUGUUAUAAAUAUAAUUGUAUUUAUAUUCAAUGGUUAUUCGGAUUUUUAUUGUGAGUGAGUCGCCGUGCUGAGACAGAGAGGCAGAGAAAGAGUGCGGGAGAGAGAGGGAUAUCAUGGCCGCUCAGGUCGCCAGCGUCGCCACUCUCAACACUAGCCCGCCAUCCGAACUCAAAAAGCCGGAUCGGGACCCACAGGAGGAGUCGGUACCGGGAGAGAAGCAGCAUGAAAAUAAGGAACCGGGACCUGACGGCGGAUCUCCUGGUCAGAAGGAGCUGCAGGACGGGACCGAUGCUGGAAAUGCUGGGGGAGGAGGGGAUCCUGAUAUGAAGAACGGCAACGGAAAUUUACCCAGGGUAAAUAAUAAUAGCAGUAAUCAGAAUGAUACAGGCGGGCCUGAAGGGAAUAACCAUCCCGGAAUGGGACACCACCACCCGGGACCCUUUCCACCACCUCCUUACGGUUACAACCAGCACUACAGCCGGGCCCCUUUUCAUCAACAUGGCGGACAACAAAGCCCUGGCAUGGCAGCUGCAUCGGGGCCGGGCAUGAUGGACCCUUAUCCCCCUAAUUCUCACGAACACGGCUACCCCAACCAUUAUAACAACUACAGUCCGUUUCCGAGCAGGACUUCUUAUCAGGGCCAAGGAUACGGGGGCAUGAAUUCCCCGCGUAACAGCCAGCCUCCGGCGGCUGGGGGGCAGCCAGGCAAGCAACAGCCAGCAGGAGGAACCACGGCUAUGGCUGCUUCAUAUAAUAAUCAGAGGUAUAACAUGGGAAACCAACAACCUACGUCUACGCCAACUUUAAAUCAGCUUUUGACAUCCCCCAGCUCCGCCAGGAGCUACGCGAAUUACCCCCAAGGAGACUAUAACAAUCAGGAAGGAGCCAACAAGGGACCAGGGGAUAUGGGCAGCAGUCAGUAUGGUGGGGUUCAUCCGGGUUGGCAACAAAGAACCCACCACCCGCCUCCCAUGAGCCCGGGAAACACUGGACAGCCACCAAACAGAAACCAGCCUCCGAGUCCAAUGGACCAAGUGGGGAAGAUUCGUGGUCAGCCAUACGGCGGACCCAACCCCUACUCACAGCAGCAACAAGGUCCUCCCGCAGGACCUGGACCCCAACAGGGAGGCUCUUACCCAGCCCAAGGCUAUGGACCUCCUGGGCCGCAGAGGUAUCCAAUGGGGAUGCAAAGUCGUACACCCGGUGCUAUGGGUGGCAUGCCAUAUGGACAGCAGAUGUCAACUUACGGACAACAAGGCCCAGGGGCCUACAGCCAACAAAAUCAGAGCUAUUUUGGUCAGCAUGGCCCACCACCUCACCCUGGCCAGCCACAACCUUCAUACCUAGGCCAACCACAGGGUAGCUCAGGGGCUCCCUACCCUCAGCAGGGCCAUCCUUCGCAGCCUCCUGGGCAACAUGGACAACCAGGAGCCCCGUAUCAGCCCCAAGGGCCCCACGGCCCUCCUCCAGGUCAGCCUUCAUAUAACCAGCCACCACAGUCUCAGCCAGGACAGCAACCUUACGCUCCACCUCAGCAGCAGCAGGGGCCCAGUUCUCAAGGUCAGCAGGGCCCUCAGGGCCAGUCUGGCUAUCCACAACCAUCUGGGCCUGGGCAGCCACCACAGCAGCAAGCUCCACAACAACAACAGCAGCAGCAAGGGCCUCCACAACCACAACAACAACCACAAUCACAACAACAACAACAACAACAGCAGCAGCAGCAGCAGCAACAACCAGGAGGUCCUCCUCUCCAAGGCCAGCAACCUCCAAGUCAUGGUCAGCAGGGUCAACCAUCACCUUACUCCCAAACACCCCCUUUGCAACAACAACAACAACAACAACAACAACAACAGCAGCAGCAGCAACAGCAGCAACAGUCACCAUAUCAAAGGUUCCCACCUCCUCCACAGGAACUCUCCCAGGAUUCCUUCAGCUCUCAGUCCAGUGCUCCUCCUUCCAACCAGCCCAUGGCUUCCAACAAGAGCAGUCAGGAAGACAGCAUUCAGACCCGGCCGUCCAGUUUGCCGGAUCUGUCCGGCUCCAUCGAUGACCUGCCCACCGGUACAGAGGGCGGCCUGAGCCCAGGUGUCAGCACCUCAGGGGUGUCCAGCAGUCAGGGAGAGCAGAGCAAUCCUGCUCAGUCUCCCUUCUCGCCACACACUUCACCCCACCUACCAGGCAUACGUGGACCCUCACCGUCACCUGUGGGUUCUCCUGCAAGUGUCACCCCGUCCCGCACUGGCCCUUUGUCCCCUGCUGCUGUGCCAGGUAACCAAAUGCCUCCCCGGCCACCGAGCGUCCAGUCCGACACCAUCAUGCACUCUUCCAUGAACCAGUCAGCCAUGGGCCAGGACCGGGUGUACAUGCGUAACCCUCAGAUGCCUCCAUACGGGUCGCCUGGCCAACCUGGUUCUGCCUUAUCUCCACGCCAGUCUUCAGGGGGCCAGAUGCAUGGUGGGAUGGGACACUUUCCCCAGAACAACUCCAUGGGAAACUAUGGGCCUCAGGGAGGCCAAUAUGGUCCACAAGGUUACCCGAGGCAGCCGGGCUACACAGCGAUGCCCAACGCAAACUACCCCAGUGGUCCUGGUAUGGGAGGCACCAUGAACCCCAUGCCUGGUCAGGGUGGCGGAACACCUUAUGGAAACAUGCCACCUGGAAGAAUAGGGCAAGGGCAAAUGGGUGCUCGUCCCUACGGCCCCGGGAUGAGCUCUAACAUGGGCGGCAUGCCCCCUCAGGUGGGCUCUGGAAUGUGUCCCCCUCCAGGCAUGAACAGGAAGGACGGCGGCCCCUCCAUGCACCACGGCCCCACAAAUUCUAUACACAACAGGCCACCCGGCUACCCUAACAUGUCCCAGGGCAUGAUGGGAGCAGGCGCGCCAUACGGCCCUGGUGGUAUGCAUGGCAUGAUGAACCAGGGAGGGCCAGGGCCAUAUCCUAUGGGAACAAACAUGUCCAACAACACCCCAGGCAUGGCUCCCACUACAGAGUUUGGCAUGGAAAAAAUGAACCCAACCCAGAAGAUGAACAACAAAGUGGAUGGGACUCCCAAGCCUGAGUCUAAAAAGAAGUCAAGCUCGUCCACCAUCACCAAUGAGAAAAUUACUCGUCUGUAUGAACUUGGCCCGGAACCAGAGAGGAAGAUGUGGGUGGACCGAUACUUGGCCUUUGCAGAGGAGAAGGCCAUGGGCAUGAACAACCUGCCCGCCGUGGGCCGCAAGCCUCUAGAUCUCUUCAGACUCUACGUGUCUGUCAAAGACAUCGGUGGUCUCACCCAGGUGAACAAGAACAAGAAGUGGAGGGAGCUGGCCACCAGCCUGAACGUGGGCACGUCGAGCAGCGCAGCCAGUUCGCUCAAGAAACAGUACAUCCAAUGUUUGUACGCAUUUGAGUGCAAGAUUGAGCGUGGCGAGGACCCACCUCCAGACUUCUUCAACACGGACACCAAAAAGAACCAAGCAAAGAUCCAGCCCCCCAGCCCAGCUGGUUCUGGAUCUCUCCAAGGGCCCCAAACUCCUCAGUCCACCAGCAGUUCAAUGGCAGAGGGGGGAGACCUCAAACCCCCCACCCCUGCAUCCACCCCACACACACAGAUGCCUCCGAUGCCUGGUGUCAGGAGUAGUGUGAAUCUGCAGGACCCUUUUGCUGAUGGUGGAGACCCAGCAUUUUCCAGGAGGAAUGCCAUGACUCCAAACUCUCAGGGCUAUCAGCCUGGGAUGAGUGGCCCAGAGAUGAUGGGCCGGAUGGGCCCAUAUGAAUCUAGCAAGGACCCCUUUGGUGGCAUGAGGAAAGCUGGAGAGCAGUUCAUGCCACCAGGUCCUAACAGUGGGAUGGGAGAACAGUAUAACAGAGGCCCACCAGGCCCUAUGGGCAACAUGCAGAUGGGCCAGAGGCAGCAGUUCCCUUACGGAUACGACCGAAGACAGGAGCCAGGCAUGGCCCCUGACGGCAGCAUGGGAACAGGAGCUCCCCAGCCCAACAUGAUGCCUUCUGGAGCCGAUACAGGGAUGUAUUCACCCAGUCGCCCUCCACCACAGCAGCGGCAUGACUCCUUUACCAAUCAAUAUCCUGGCCAAGGAGCACCCCCUGGUGGCCCAUACCCAAAUCAACAACCUGGAAUGUAUUCACAGCAGCAACCGAACUACAAACGCCCUGUGGAUGGAGGGUAUGGCCCUCCCGCCAAACGGCAUGAGGGAGAAAUGUACAGUGUCCCCUACAGUGGUCAACAGCAGCCAGGACCGCAGUCCUCUGGGCCCCAGGGCCAACAGGACAUGUAUAACCAGUAUAAUGCAUACCCUGGAGGGGAUCGGAGGCCACCAGGCCCACAGAACCAGUUCCCUUUCCCCUUUGGUCGGGACAGAGGACCGUCAUCAGCAGGACCCAACUCUCAAUCUCCAAUGCCUCCUCAGAUGAUGGGAAGCUCCAUGCCCUCAGGUCCAGAUGGACCCCAGGGCCCGUUGUGGCAAGGCCGCAAUGAGAUGGGAUAUCCUAACUAUCCAAACCGACAGGGGCCUCCUGUACCCGGUCAGGCCCCAGGAUACCACAGCAUGAAUCGCUCAGAGGACAUGAUGCCCUCGGACCAGCGGAUGAACCACGAAGGCCAGUGGCCUGGUCACGUCAACCAGCGCCAGCCGCCAUUCGGCCCUGGUGGCUCUGGACCCCCAAUGACGAGACCCCUGCCAUCUACUUACCAGACUACCCAGAACCACAUUCCUCAGGUGUCGAGCCCAGCGCCAAUGCCCCGUCAAAUGGAAAGCAGGACGUCGCCCAGCAAGUCUCCCUACAUGCAUCCGGGCAUUAAGGUGCAGAAAGCUGGGCCUCCAGUACCGGCCUCCCACAUUGGCCAGGCCCCUGUGCAGCAACCCAUGAUCAGGCGAGAUGUGGCCUUCCCUCCAGGCUCGAUUGAGGCCUCCCAACCCCACCUUAAACCUCGCAGGAGGCUCACCAUGAAAGACAUUGGCACUCCUGAGGCUUGGAGAGUGAUGAUGUCACUAAAGUCAGGCUUACUCGCUGAAAGCACUUGGGCUUUGGACACCAUUAACAUUUUACUGUAUGAUGACAGCAGCAUUUCUACUUUUAAUUUAUGCCAAUUGCCUGGGUUUCUGGAGCUGGUGGUGGAGUACUUCAGACGCUGCCUAAUUGAGAUCUUUGGCAUCUUAAAGGAGUAUGAAGUAGGAGACCCUGGACAGCGCACCCUUAUAGACCCCAACGCUGCUGAAGACUCUGAUGAUGAAAUUCCAAUGCCAGAUGGUGAGGAUAUGGACACAGAGGAAGAGGAGGAGGAGGAGGAGGUAGAGGAAUCAAAGGCCAAUCUCCACCCCUCCACGGUGGUUCAGGUAAAACAGGAGAACUCCCAGAAAGACAUGUCUUCAGAAGAUGAGGACGAGGAGAAGGAAAGGGGGUCUUCUAUAAAGGAACCUUGUACCUCUACCUCACGGUCUGCCUCGGACCCCAACCUCCACUCAGAGAAGCCCAAGCAGGCUAGCAAGUUCGACAAACUCCCCAUCAAGAUGGUGCGUAGGAAGAACCCCUUCCUGGUGAACCACUCGUCUAAGCUUGGGCAGCGGCAGAGUUUUGACAGUGGCUUGAUACACUGGAGCAUUGGUGGUGGUGACACUACUGAACACAUCCAGACCCACUUUGAGAGCCGGAUGGUCCUUCUGAAGCAGCGGAAACGCACAGCGACAGCCCCCGAGAGCUGCAAGAAGGUCCAGAGGCCAGGGACGGCAACGGAGAAGCACGAGAAGUCCAAGUUCAGUCCAGAAGACAAGGCUCAGCAGCCAACACCUCUGACGUCUGAGGCCCCUAAGUCUCCAGCGGAGAAGACCUCUCCUCCUCUUCCCAUCGGCGCACCAGUCACUGCCACCAUCGAUGACGUGCUGUCCGCCCGCCCGGGCUCGGUCACGGAGGAAGUAGUAUGGGGAGGCUCAGGUGAGCAGAAAGAGAACAGCAAGUACCCGUUCAGUAUCAACCCCGACCUGCAGAGUCGCCGCAACGUGAAGAUCCUGGAGGACGAGCCCCACAGCAAGGACGAAACGCCGCUCUGCACGCUGUCCGACUGGCAGGACUCGCUCGCGCGGCGCUGCAUCUGCGUCUCCAACAUCGUGCGCAGCCUGUCCUUCGUCCCCGGGAACGAUCAGGAGAUGUCGAAACACCCGGGCCUCCUGCUGCUGCUAGGCCGCCUGGUGCUGCUCCACCACAGGCACCCGGAGCGCAAACAGGCCCCGGUGACCUACGAGAAGGAGGAGGAGGAGGAUGAAGGCGUGAGCUGCGAGCGAGAUGAGUGGUGGUGGGACUGCCUCGAGGUGUUAAGGGAAAACUGCUUAGUCACUCUAGCGAACAUCUCAGGCCAGCUGGACCUUUCUAUCUACUCAGAGAGUAUAUGCCUGCCGCUGCUGGAUGGCCUGCUCCACUGGGCCGUGUGUCCCUCGGCAGAGGCCCUGGACCCCUUCCCCUCGCUCGGGCCCCACGGCUCGCUGUCCCCUCAGAGACUGGUCCUAGAGACCCUCAGCAAGCUCAGCAUCCAGGACAACAACGUCGACCUCAUCCUCGCGACGCCGCCGUUCAGCCGCCUGGAGAAGCUCUACGGCUCGCUGGUGCGCCUGGUCGGCGAGCGCAAGGUGGCCGUCUGCCGGGAAAUGGCGGUGGUGCUGCUGGCGAACCUGGCCCAGGGCGACAGCCUGGCGGCGCGGGCCAUCGCCGUGCAGAAGGCCAGCGUGGGCAACCUGCUGGGCUUCCUGGAGGACAGCCUGGCUGCCACGCAGUACCAGCAGAGCCAGAGCUCGUUGCUACAGAUGCAGGGCGGCCCCCAGUUCGAGCCCACCAGCGUGGACAUGAUGCGGCGCGCGGCCCGGGCCCUGCACGCCCUCGCUAAGGUCGAGGAAAACCACUCAGAGUUCACUUUGUACGAGUCGCGGCUACUGGACAUCUCGGUGUCUCCUCUUAUGAACCCUCUGGUGUCCCAGGUGAUCUGCGAUGUACUGUUUCUGAUUGGCCAGUCAUGACAGCCGUGGGGAGGUUUCAGCUCCGCCUCAUUCUGGUCCCCGUCACUCCCCCUCCCGUGUGUGUGUGUCCGUGUGCGCGCGCUUGUGUGUUGCGUGAGUGGAAAGAGCAAAACUGACUCCUUUCUUUUCCUAUUUUUUUAAUUUAUGCAAAAUCACCUUGGAUUCCACUGUCUUUCUACCCCUGCUUCUCACUAAAGGAAGGAAUAUCAUGAAGUAGCUGUGGAUUUUAAAUGUCUGAAACGGAACAAUACUGGCAACGAAGAGCAGGUUGGGACCCGGACAUGGGGACAGAACUCGCUGCCCUGCGGAGAGAACUUGUUUUUUUUUAUUAAAAGAAGAAAAAUCGUCAGAAAAAAAGAAAAAACUGUAACCAAAGUUGCUGUCUAGUUUACAGUGAGUUUGGGGGAUACGUGUGCUCGCUCUCCCCCUACAGGGGUCGGCGGGGGGAGGGCACGGACUAAACAAUAUUAUGGUUCAUGUUCGGAGGCUACAUAGACUUACAGACUGUGGUGUGGUAUAAUUGCUGUAACUUUGGAUGCUAUAUACUCAGCCCCGCAGGAACCACAUUAUUGGCUGUGAACAGACAUACGUCAUGGGAGGCCUGUGCAGUAGAUUGUAGGACUUUUUUUCUGUACUGUACACCUUAAAACUGUAAACAUACUGUAAUAAUACGGUUUCACACUGAGAUCCGCUGGCCUGGCAGCAAACUGUAGUUUUUAAAAACAGUUUUAGUUCACGUCGAGAGAGAAAAACGGCUUUCCCCCCAAAGUAUGGUGAACCUACAACACCCUGACCUCUUCUUUGUCCCUUGAUUGUAUGACUUGACCCUUAUAUUAAAAAGUCACCUCUUUAGGACUGGUCCUCAACUCUAGAUGCAGUCCGAGCUGCAGUGUAUAUAUGAUGUUGUACAUUACACUUCUCUCUCUCUCUCUCUUUUCUCUACUUCCGUUCCUCAUCACCAGUUUUUAUUCUUUGAUCCGAUUACUCGCUCCCACGUGAUCUUACUUGACGCCCCCCCACCCCCCCGCCGCCUCUCUCUGUUACAUCGGCGCCCUCGCCCUGCUCGUGCCGCGCUCCUGGUGGUGGUGGUGGUGGUGGUGGUGGAGGAGGGGAGGGGGUCUUUAGCUGCUGUCCAACACCACCCUUCAACCAACACAGCUUCAACAUUCAGUUUGUCUCCGGUGUAGAGAAUAUAACAGAAAUAAUGUUUCAUUUGAGCUCCUGCAGAGAUGACGAACUAGACCUUGACGAAGAAGAACCAUUUGAAGCGUUUUUUUUUUUUUUUUCCAGUGACGCGGAUUCUGCAUAUUUGUAUUUCAGAUGAUGUAGCUAAAAACUUGAUGUAAAUUCCUCUUUUUUUCCUUUUUUUGGCUUAAUGAAUAUCAUUUAUUCAAAUCUUUAUACUAUAUGUUCCACGUGUUAAGAAUAAAUGUACAUUAAAUCUUCGUAAGACA